AUGGACCAACUCGUCCAUUCGAGACCCCAAGAAGGUGCGCAAGGUGCACAAGGGGGGCUUCAUGUAUGGCGGGUGAAGGUGGACAAUCUGGCUGGCGGACGGCAGUACCGGGUAUUGGGUCGAGUGUUUGAGGACCUGGCGGCGGUAUUGCCUUCGGUGGUUUCGCGGUUGGUGGAUAUCCCGAUCUAUCAGUUGCCGGCGUGCCAGCCGAGUGUGGAGCGCAACGGAGACGCGGACCCGGGAUUAGCACCGGCUCUACAGUUGCCAUCGGCGGCGCACCCGGCAGUGCUGAUUGAGCGCACGAUCGACAGUUGCCGCAUCUCGUUGCGUUUCCUGGUGGCUGAGCCCGAGCUGCGAGUGCCACUGCAACUGGUGCUCAGGAAACUCCGUCACUCGCUGCUCGCCCAAUGUACUACCCCGCUGCUCCGAAAACACACCCGCUACCAAGACCCCCGCUACGCAGACCGCGCUUACGCAGCCGAUCCGAGUUCGAGCAGCCGCGAUCUCUCAUCCACCACUUCCUCCACCCAGGUCGCCCACGGCGCCUCCAUGGAUGUCGACGAGUUUACCACCUUCAUGAACCACGUCGAAAACCUCCUGGUCCAAGACGUCCCGGUGUACGAUGCCUGGACCCGCAGACGUAGACUCAUGCGCAAGCGACCCCUUCCCGGCUACGACCUCUCCCUCAUCGUGCUCGCUAGCGACCUUCGGGCGACCAGUGCUUCCGCAAUUUGCAACGAAAUUAUUGAGGUAACCCACCGCCACUUCUAA